AUGCAGUUCCACACAGCAGAGCUAUACCUUUGCCAAAUCGCCCUCUUUGACCGGAAAACACGGAAUGACUCGAUGUUCUGGUCGUCGCUCCGCGUCGAAGCUCUAUCAAUGGGACUCGUGGCAGCCAAACAGUUCUUUCAAUUCUAUCUCGCGCUCCCGUUGCGUGCAGAGACUGUGUUCAAUAAUACGCAGUGGGUGCAAAGCGGAUUUUGCUUGACACUAACUGCAAAGCUCUCUGUCGCCGCGUCAGAUUCUUCGAUUGGCCAACAAGUAGCAAAACUCAGAGAGUCGUUAGACAUGUCUCUGAUACUCCAGCAGGUUAUCCUACGUGUCCAAGCCUUGGUCACGCCCCUGGUGGACGCACGAGGCGAAAGGGAUGUAUUUUAUCACUAUGAAAAUCGCCUUAAGCGCUUGCAGUGGUGGUAUGAAACUCAGAUGACGCAGAUUCCCGUCCAGCGCCAACACCAUGCUUCGCCAACAACAAUGGCAUAUAAUCAUAUUCCCACCGCGGGGCCAUCUCCAGUUUCGACAGAGGAUUUGCAAACCCAGUGGCCUAGUCUGUUGCCGGAUGCAACCAUUGACGACCUAUUCAACGAGUGGAAUCCCGAUAUGGGCAUCUAUUUUGGGUUUGAGUAA